GUGCCAUCAUGUCUCCUACCGUCUUACCAUCCUACCUACUCCGUACUCCGGGCACCAUUCAUAACAACUUCCAAACCCCGGCUACUGCAGCCAGCCAUCAUCUAAUUACAACAUGCCCCCUCACAGCGAGAUAUAAAGACCAGACGAGUCACGCACCCGCAGUACUGCCACUCAUCCAGGAUUACCAGAUCCAAAAAGUAACAAGCACCACGGUCCGAGACGGCAAGCCGGAUAGCAUACGUACAUCCUCGGGAGAACAUCCAUUCGCGGGCUCACACACCGAUGGCGGCCCAGAAAACCGACCUCGCGCGACGCAAGCCUCAGACAUGGCCAGACAAGACCCAUGAGACGCAAAGGGAACAGGCUUCGUCACCGCCCUAUCUAGCUGUCUCAUUAACUUGCUUCGCCGUCUCUUCCCACCCCAGCUAUCAGCGGGAACACUACUGUAUUGAUGACAGCGGCGUCCGCAACAAGUUCCUCCCCAUGUCUCUAUCUCUAUCUCUGCUCUGCUCGCCCUCUGACCCCAUCCAUCCUCGCCAGGUUCCCGGGGCUAACACCAUGCAUCCACCUUCGCGCCAUGCACGGCCAUGGAUGCCCUCCACAAGGAGAACGCUAAAGCCCAUGUGGCCGAGAUAUCCACUUCGUAGCGCGCCACCUGCCCGCUGCUUUACAGAAACUCCGUCAUAGCAAGUGGUCCAGUACAUGGGUGGAUGCUCACGAACCUACGCUGCUUUCCCUCACCCAGGUCAUCCCAGGAUAUCCCGGGUACCAUCAGCUUACGAACCUCGGUUUUGCCCUCGCGUCCCUACCUUCUUCUCCAAGAACAGCCUGGUUUGCUCCGACCGGCCUCUUACUAUUGCGAGGAGGUAGAAGGUUUCUCCCGCUUGACGAUCGCCGUCCUUAGCUGGCGCCCCCACCAUCGCGGCCCUAUCCGCCGAUCCCCAAGGACCGACAACCCAUCUGACGGCUGUUACCGGCACCAACGGUUACAUCUUGUCAGAUUCACGGGUCAAAGAUUUGGGGGGUCGGGAAUCGGGGAUUCCAAGGUAACAUUGAGAUUCCGCUCUUGUGGUUUAUUCCCGACACAGUUGUAGGUAGUUCGACCGCUCAACUCGGAGUUUUUGGCUGCACCAGCAGAAAGAGUCCGACUACGUACCAGUUUCAAGGACAAGAUACCUCGCC